AUGAGGGUUCUAGGGUUCCUCGAUGGCUCUCGUCGCUCGAAGAGUCUUGCGAUUGCGCAGCUAUUCCAGAUCCUUGCCUCGUCUCGCAGCGCCCGCAUUAGAGCAGCAUUGCGAGCAAUCUCGCAGAGCGACGAUUGCCGGGAAUUCCUGGCGGCAUUCCGAGAGGAGAGCUCUUCUUCUUCUCCCCCCUUUCCCUUCCAGAGGAUUCAGGCGUGUGAGAUUUCGGCUCGUGAAGGCCGACAAGGACGAUCCGGAAGAGGAGGAACCGGAUGGGAUUGCGGAGGAGGAUGAUUUCGCGGAUACCAUCGAUCUCACGCUCGUCCAGAAGCGCCAGGCCGAGAGGCUGUGGAACGAGCUUCUGCCACUCACGAUUCCCAGCGUUGGACCCGUGGUGAAGCUCACGAUUGGAGAGGACAGGAAGAUCGGCCUUCCAGGAAUCUUAUACGUCGUUGGAAAGCUUCGAACGUUCCGGCGUUCUAAGCAAGCACUGUCGAUUCUCGACUGGCUCGCGGAAGAAAAACCAUUCGGGGAAUUCGACGAGAGUCUCUACAAGCUGCACAUAUCGAUCGCGUUCGAGGUAAACUCAGUCCACAAAGCCGAGAAGAUUUUCGAGAGCGUACCGAAAGAGCUCCAGCUCCAGGAGAAGUUGCUUGGUGCCAUGGCCGCUGGCUAUGCCUCCGCGCACAGGAUGGACAAGGUGGAAGAGAUCUUGCUCCAGUGCAAUCUCUCCGCCAUGGAACCUUACACUGCACUGAUCAAACUCUACUUUAGAGUCGCUCUCUACGACAAAGCAGCGAGUCUGUACAAACGAAUCAAAGCGGCAAAGCUCGAGCCAGACCUGGCAGCCUUCGCGGCACUGCUGCGAGAGAAGUCCAGCUUGGAGAGCUUGAAGCCGAGAGAGCUGGAAGAGGACGCCGAGGUGGCUCUCCACCAUGCAGGAGCUUACGAGGAGGAAUUGACGAUCAAAGCCCCGGUUGCAAGCCAAGCGAUGGUGGUCUCUGGCUACCUUGGAAAAGCGGCACAAGUUACCAAGUUGUGGAAACGUAUCAAGCAGGAGAAGAGCUCGUCCAUACCAGCGGUGUGCUACUUGAACGCGAUCGAAGCGUUUGGAGCAGCAGGCAAGGUCCGAUCGGCUGAGAAGGUGGCCGACGAGAUGGAGAUGGCGAAGUCCAAGUACGUAGAGCUCUCGGCAGCUAUGAUCUGCGUCUACUCGAGGAACCAAAUGGCGGACAAGGCCGAGGCCGUCAUCGAUGACUUGCGUGCCAACGGUGUGUGGAACUUGUUCCGGCCUCACGCCGAGCUCAUCACCGGUUACCUCGACAGCAACCAGCCCGACCAAGCGAUGAAAGCUCUCAAGGUGGCACUUCUCGUCAAGCUGAUGAAGCCAACGUACGCCGUGAUCCUGAAAAUGCUGCCCGUCUUUGAGAGGCUUCGCGAUGCCGAGGGUGCCGAGGACAUGGUGAUGAGGUACAAAGGCGCCACGGACCUCCGGAUGUACAAGGGACUGCUCAGGAUCUACGUGAGUGCCAAGGUGAAGCCCCUGGAAGAGAUAGAAGCCCGGCUCAUGCUGAAGAAGAUCCCUCUCGACGACGAGACUCGCGAGCUGCUGACGAAGCUGAGAGGAGUCAUCGGUUGAGAUUCACUGCGCAGCAGCCUCGGCUCGGAACGAGCGAAAACAUCAGACAACGAGCAAGCCCGACUGCUUCCGGUAGCUCUCUUAAGCCUGGUGAGCCGCUCGGUCUCCACUAGCUGAUUCUGGACGUGUUUGCUCCCAGGUGGCUUCACACCCGAUGGUUAAAGCUACGUCGCUGCGCUCAAGGCCUGGUCUCGCCUAGCUGCGAAUGAACAGAAGCAUCCAGAGGGGUUGAAGGCGAGCUCACUAGAGAACGGCAGAGCUUUACACGGGCAGGCAGGGAAGAAACUCGGUGAUAUCUACUUGGCGGGCACGCUGGUGAAUUUUUACUCCAAGUGUGGCAGGGUGCCUUGCUUCGACGCUGGACUUUGCAACACGCUGCUACUCGGCUACACAGAGAACGACAAGCCAGACUCGGCCUUGGAGCUGUUCAAGCAACCCCCAGCGCAAGCUGUUCAAGCAACUCCCAGCGCAAGCCAGCCUCGACUGCCUCACUUAUCUAGCUGCUGUGACGGCUUCCAGGAGGAUAGCGGAGCCGAGAGUGGUGAAUGGAAGAAGACCACUCAAGGCCCGACGCUCGCCGACGGGGUUUCAUGGGACCGGGACGUGUGGAAGCCCGGUGGAUUCUCGGCAAGCUUUCGGCAGGAUGGCUCGGCACAGCGUCAUGUCGUGGACGUCGCUGAUGCUGCGAUGCUCCGAGAAUGGCGACGCGGAGCUGGCUCUGGAGCUCUUUGCUCGCGGUGGAUUCACAGUGGACGCUGCAAGCCUCACCGCGGCUUAGAUGCGCAUUAGAUACAGCUUCUACGUGGUUUAUACGGUUACCGUUUUCGACGUCUCUAGAGUUUCGACGUGAAACUGGUUCACGUAGAAAAUGUGUAGAUCGAUUUGCCUUCCUUACCAAUGAGAUCCACGACUGUGAAUUCCACGUC